GUGUCAAAGCCACAGAAGCCGUCAUUAAAAGCAGCUUCGUGACGCCGUGAUUUCAGGACUGCUGGCACGGGACAGAUAGCUGGCGGUGAGGUCACUGCCUCGGCCGCUAUCCCAGAGAGGGCUGUCCAGAGCGUGUUUAAGGGUCCCACGGCCUGAAGGGGGCAGCGUCUGCGUGCCGCAUGCGAGGCACAGCGCGGCUCUCCAAACGCACGGCGAACUGCAGCUGCCAGCUCCCGCACGGCUCGCUUACGCCAAAGCCGACAUUCCACUGUGUCGCAAUAACCUGUCAUUUCCCAGCCUGACACGCUGAUCGGGAAAGGUUUGUUUGUCUUAUCAUUACUGGCUGGAUUUUUCCGUGGCCCCACCCAACAAGAAAUUUCCCAGGCCAGAUGUGGCCCCUCCUACAGCCUGAUGGGGUGGGUCGUACUCAGAAACUUCCCCACAGACAGACUUGUGAGUGAGUCAGUGUAUAACUCUUCAUGUCUCCCAGCUAUUUCCUGCCUUCUCUAACUGGUGAGCUUGCUGACCGGGUUAAUCAAAGCAAAGUAUCUUGGGCUGUUUGUCGGCAGGGAUGCCCACCCCAGACGGCUCCUCUCCCGCUCUGUCGAUCGCCAUGACCCCCGUGACUACAGACGCCGACCACGGGCUCGGCACGGUGGGCAUCUUCGGCACGGGCGACUUCGGCCGCACCCUGGGCCUGCGGCUGCUUCAGGCCGGCUACCAGGUGGUCUUCGGCAGCCGGAAGCCCCAGAGAUCCAGCCUGUUGCCCCAGGGGGCCCAGGUUCUGGGCCACGCUGAAGCCGCCGGAGUCGCACAGGUCAUCUUCCUGGCCGUGCACAGGGAUAAUUACGACUUCCUGGUACCGCUGGCGGACAGGCUGGCUGGGAAGGUGCUGGUGGACGUCAGCAACAACCUGAGGCGGAACCAGUACCCGGAGCCCAACGCUCACUACCUUAGCAAGCUCGUUCCGGAAGCUUCUGUGGUGAAAGCUUUCAACACCGUCUCUGCAUGGUCACUGCAAUCGGGGGGCCUGGAUGCUAACCGACAGGUGUUAGUCUGCGGGGACAGCACUGAGUCCAAACAGAGGGUGGUGGACGUUGCACGCAGCCUGGGCUUCACCGCCCUGGACAAAGGCUCCUUGCUGGCAGCCGGCGAGAUCGAGGAUUAUCCCCUGCAGCUUUUCCCCAUGUGGAGGCUGCCUGCAGCCGUGGCCGUGGGCCUCACUGCCUCCCUCUUUGCCUACUGCCUCCUCAUGGACGUGAUCUACUCCUGGGUCACCAGCAAGAAGGACAUGUCCUUCAGGAUCAUGGUGUCUCUGGCCAACAAGGUGUUCCCCAUGGUGUCGUUGAUGAUGCUGUCUCUGUGCUACCUGCCCGGGAUCCUCGCUGGCUUCCUGCAGCUCUACAACGGGACCAAGUACAAGCGAUUCCCCGACUGGCUGGACCGCUGGAUGCUCUGCAGGAAACAGAUGGGUCUCCUGGCUUUGGCGUUCGGCUUCCUGCACGUCCUCUACAUAAUGAUCGUUCCCAUCAGGUACUACGUCAGGUACAAGGUGGUCUCCUGGACCAUCUCCCAGAUGAAAGAGAACCAAAGUGAGUUUGACAACACGGUGGCCUGGUACACAGACUCCUACAUGUCACUCGGCGUCCUGGGAUUCGGAUUGUUCAUCCUGCUGGGAAUCACCUCCCUUCCUUCUGUCAGUAACGCCAUGAACUGGCGAGAGUUCCGGUUUGUGCAGUCCAAGCUGGGUCACCUGACCCUCCUGCUAUGCACGUCCCACACCAUCCUGUACGGCUGGAAGCGGUUCCUGAGAGCCCAGACCUACAGGUGGCACCUGCCCCCGGCCUACAUGGUGGCGCUGGUGCUGCCCUGCGUGGUCCUGGGCCUCAAGCUGCUGCUGGUCACGCCCUGCGUGGACCGGAUCCUGAUGCGGAUACGGCAGGGCUGGGAGAGGAAGCCCCGCCCUGCGGGGGCCUCCGACAGGACGGGGGCCAAUGGGAAGGAGCCCCUCAUGCUCUGAACAGCCUCAGCAUUCACAGCACCGGAAGGAAAAGGACAGGGAGCCGGAGAUCCUUCUGGAAUCUUUUUACAGGCCCCACCCCAAUGGAACGUUCCAGAACUAAACUCCAAAAAUACCCCAUUAGCAGAUGCUUCUUCUGUCGCGUUGACAGGCAGCAACACAGACUGGGAGUGUUUAAAAACACGUUCCUUUAACAGCCCCCCCGUCACAGGGUGACAGCAGUCAGUUUCAGAGCCGGUAGCGACGUCAGAUAAAGGAGUCCUAUGUCACCGACUCCCAUUAGCCGUUAGCCAUUAGCUGUCAGUAGCUCAGGCACUCGCUUUGUGUUUAGCGCACCUUGUGUAUCUUUGUUUGUUUUAAUCUGACUGGGCUGUGGAUGCGUCUCCGUUUCGCAGUCAGGAAUAAGCCAUGCCGUGGUCUGUCUGGCUGCACGCCUGGGCCGUGGUCUGUCUGGCUGUGUUCCUGGGCCGUGGUCUGUCUGGCUGCGCGCCUGGGCCGUGGUCUGUAUGGCUGCGCGCCUGGGCCGUGGUCUGUAUGGCUGCACGCCUGGGCCGUGGUCUGUCUGGCUGCGUUCCUGGGCCGUGGUCUGUCUGGCUGCGCGCCUGGGCCGUGGUCUGUAUGGCUGCGUUCCUGGGCCGUGGUCUGUCUGGCUGCGCGCCUGGGCCGUGGUCUGUAUGGCUGCGUUCCUGGGCCGUGGUCUGUCUGGCUGCGCGCCUGGGCCGUGGUCU